GUCGUCAGCCGCCCGCCUGUCCUAGUGCCAUCACACAGUGGUGGUGAAACCUUUGGGGAAGUACAGCGGUAUUAUUCCUCAGAUCCAGUGGAUGGCAAUGAGCUACUUUACCACCAAAACGGCGUUUGGUCGGAAACAAGGAGGCAUGAGGAUCCAGGCUUGACACGCUGCAAGGCUAGAGUCUCCCCCGAAAGGAGAGAAAGGACAGAAGGGGGUUUGGUGCAGUGGAUGGAGGUCAAGGAAGCGGCCAUGAUGCUGGAAGACGACAUGGAUGAGGAGGGGGACAUGGAGAUGGAGCUGGGGAUGAUGGGGAAAGGCAAGAGUGCCCUGGUCCUCCAGACGGAGGUGCAGAGGCUGACCCUGGAGCUGCAGGAGGCCAACGAGGAGAAGCUGCAGGCGGCCCGCUACGGCCUGGCCGUGCUGGAGGAGAGCGCGGCGGUGAAGAGCCGCAACACCCAGCUGGAGGAGGAGCAGGAGGCGCUGAGGCAGGAGCUGCAGCAGCUACGAGAGGCCUUGGCAGACUCUGUGACCAAUCAUAAGCGCGCGGCGGCCGACGGUGAGAGCCGUGAGGAGUCGUUGCUGCAGGAGACGGCCAGCAAGGAGGCGGCGCUGGUGAUGCGCAUGGAGGAGCUGCAGGCCGAGCUGCGCCAGACACGCGUCAUGCUCACCAACUCCCUCGCCGAGACCGAGAGGCUGGGAGUGCUCUCCGCACAGCUCAAGAAGGAAUGUGAAUGUUUGGAGGCUGAGAAGGGCCACAUGCGCAUGGAGAUGAAGGAGUAUAAGGUGCGAGAGCUGCAGCAGCUGCAGGACAACAGCGAACUGGAGGAGGAGAACAUCUCCCUGCAGAAGCAAGUCUCCAUCCUCAAGGAGAAUCAGGUGGAGUUUGAGGCUCUGAAGCUGGACCUGUCCCAGAAGGAUGAGGAGCAGGAGGAGCUGCGUGCCCAGCUGGAGGAGGCGGUGCGCCUGCAGAAGAUCGCCGAGCGCCAACUGGAGGAGGCGCUGGAGGCCCUGAAAGAGGAGCGGGAGCAGAAGAACUGCCUGCGGCGGGAGCUCUCCGCCCUCUCCCUCAACCCCUUUGACUCCCUGGGGCCCCUGGAGCUGCACCUGGAGACGCUGGACGACAGCCACACGCCCGGGGGAGAAGGUGGAAGGCGAGGCAGGGGAGGGGAUGGAGAUGGGCGUCAGGAGGAGGACCAGGACAGUGGCUUCAAUAAUGGACUGGGCUCUGGGUUGAGGGGAGGUGGUAAGUCGUCCCCACUCAGGUCCUCGACCCCGAGGACUAGCGACGCCUUCCUCCGGCCCCCAGCGCCGGGACUAGUGGCGGACCUGCUGAGCGAGCUACACCUGUCCGACAGCCAGAAGCUAAAGCAGCAGCUGUUACAGGUGGAGCAUGAGAAAGCCAGUCUGGCCAAUACGGUGCAGGACCUCCAGAAGCAGCUGGUUUUGUCUAAAGACUCUCUGAACGAGCAGCAGGGCAAGAUGCACCAGCUGGCCCAGAAACUGGAGGCUGCGUUGUCCUGUCCCCCUCCCCAGGCUCUGGGGCCUGAACUCGGGCUGAGCGCCACCACCCAUCGCUCCAACAGUCAGGAGAACAACCGCAUCGGACAAAACGACUCAAAGGAGCGAAGAGGAAGCAAUUCCAAGAACGAGGGUGACGGGGGCGACUUCUACGAGCUAGACGUUAAAAGUGCGGAGGUUAUGGAAUGCCGCAUGGUGACGGCGAUGGAGGAAGUGGCGCGGCUGAGGAAAGAACUGAAAGCGGCGGAGUUGCGAUCGACGGCGUUGGAAACGCGCUGCAGGCAGGAGAAGGAGCGGUGGCGCUGCGAGGCCCAGGAGCUGGCCGACAAGAUCCGCCAGUGCAUCGCCGCCAGCCGCCAGGACCAGGAGCGGAUCGGGCAGCUGGAGCGGGAGAUAGGAGCCACACGGCGCGUCGCCAGCGACUCGGAGGGACAUCUGAGCGCCACGCAGGAGGAGCUGCUGGCGUUCUCUGAGGAGCUGGCCGCACUCUACCACCACGUGUGUGUCAGCAACAACCUCACGCCCAGCCGCGUCACUCUCGACUACUACCGAGACGGAGCAGGCAGCCGGGGAGGGGGAGGUGUGGCGGGGGCGGGGCGCAGGGAGCACCACCACCAGAACCCGCUCUGGAAGAGGAGAAAUGGCGGCGGCGGUGAUGGGUACAUCCGGCUGAGCGAUGGCGAGGAGUCGGAACUCAUCAGAGGAGGAGGAAGUGGAGACUCGUCUCCUGCCGUUGGCAACUGUCCAGGGUCUCCCACGCCAGAGUUCAGGGACCCCAGUAAUGUCAGGAACCUGGUGGCCAUCAUCCGCUGCCAGAUCAAGCACUUGCAGGUGGCGGUGGACCUGUGCAGGAAGCGGGGUACGUUGCCGUCGACAACGAGGUCUCUGAGUCUGGAUGCGGACCGCGACACGGAGGCGCUGCUUGAGGAAGUCCUGAAGCUCAAGUCCCUUCUGAGCACCAAGAGGGAGCAGAUAGCUACUCUGCGCACCGUCCUCAAGGCCAACAAACAGACUGCAGAGUUGGCCCUGAACAACCUGAAGACUAAAUACGAGACAGAGAAGGCCAUAGUGUCCGAGACGAUGGUGAAGCUCCGCAACGAGCUGAAAGCGCUGAAAGAGGACGCUGCUACCUUCUCCUCUCUACGCGUCAUGUUUGCCAGCAGGUGUGACCAGUACGUCACCCAGCUGGAUGAGAUGCAGAGGCAGUUGGCGGCGGCGGAGGACGAGAAGAAGACGCUCAACUCCCUGCUGCGCAUGGCCAUCCAGCAGAAGCUGGCCCUCACCCAGCGGCUGGAGGACCUGGAGGUGCCCCUGUCUCCCAUCAGCAACAGCAGCGGAGGAGGAGGAGGGGGCGGGGGCAGCCCGAGGCGCUCGCGGGCCAAGCAGCUGGGUACCAAGUCUGGCCGUGCCCCCCGCAGCCCCAUGCGCUCCAGCCCCCGCUCCAGCCCCGUAUUCAUGACCUCCGCUGGCCCCCGCUCCAGCCCUGUAUUCAUGACCUCCACUGGGCCCCAGAGCCUUCCCAACCACUUCCGGGUCAUCUCCCGCAGCCUUCACGGCAGCCCACGGUGAAAAGUCUUGGCCCCUCUCUACUCUGGGUCCCAGCUCCUGGCUCGCCAUCAGGCCUCCGUGUGACCUCUACGUGACCUCCGUUUGACCUAAGUGUGACCCCUCUUCUCUGCCCGUCUGCAUCUCCGAUAUGACUCAUCCCAGCAGCCUACACACGGACUGCCAUUUCCCUCUCCCUCUCAUUGAUCCUCUUUUCCAUGGGUUGGAUCUGAGUUGUCUGCAUGGUUUUAUUGUGGAGAUGAGGGCGGCAUAAUAGCAUACCCGUGGCUGCCACCAUUUUCCCUUGGGAGUCAAAACAAAUCCACUCUAUACCUUGCCUUCAUUCAAGCUCGAGAGACCAAGGCUUUGGCUGUGGCUUUGGCUUUGGCUCUGGCUUGGCUUGAAAACCACUUUAGUAUAGCAGUUGAUUUUAUGAUUACUGUAUUUUUAUCCCCCCCUUUUGUACAGUAUUAAGACUUUUAAUAUUAAACAAAGCCACUCACUCUAAGACGUUACAUAGGCAAAAUGAGAGGGGGCAGACCCUGCCAGGUACUAGUUGGGUUUUAUACUGUUGUAUUAAUCAUGUGGUAUCAUGUAUAGGGCCUAUUCAGCUUUACUUGAGCACAAAACCAUAUGGUUCAACCGUGUGAACAUCAGUCUGACUAGAGAUGCUUUGAUCUAUCGGCAGCCGAUCAUGAUGGGCUGAUGUUAGCCUAGUUUGAUUGGCAAACCCGAUCAAGCCCCGAUCACGAGAUAUUCAAUUCCUCAUGCAACUUUUUUGCCUACAUCUGGCACUACACAUAG